CAUCAGCAGCUGCUCCCACGCAUACCUCUCUCUGUGCACACCCACCGCGCACCAAGUAAAGGAUAAUGAGUACAAAUGGAACAACAGAUCCUCCUCCCUACAUCAUUCCAGUUGACGGUCAGGGAGCAGGUGAGGUGAAGAUUUACCACAUGCACACCCCGUUCAACCCUCCAAACUCACAGGAGGAGUUCUCUACCACCCAUUCACAGCAAGUGUACACCAAGGGGGGAGGUGUCACGGAUUCGGGCCUGGACACCGGCGACGGCAAGAAGAAGUUUGUGAGCUACGAGUCGGCGCUAGGGCGCGAACCCAGCAUGACCACCUGCGCCUCCUGCCAGCAGCAGGUCAUGACCAACGUCACCUACAAGGCCGGCACCUACGCCUGGCUCAUGUGCCUACUCUUCAUCUGCUGCGGGUUAGUCUUAUGCUGCUGCCUGAUCCCGCUCUUCCUGAAGAACUUCAAGGAUGCCUACCACACGUGCCCCCGCUGUAACAGAGUCCUUCACGUGGACAAGAAGCGCUGCUGCUCCUGAGCGGAUCGCAUUGCAGACACAC